AUGUCGUCUUCACAACGCAAGUCCCCUGUCGUGUACACCAAUGCUGUCUACUGGCCCAACUACCGGGUCUUCCAUGGGGACUCGCCAGGCCAGCUGAACUACGGGUGCAUCAACCGGGUCUACUACGCCUUUGCCACGGUAACGGCGAACGGAGGGGUGUUUCUCAGUAACGAGGAGGCCGAUGCCGAGGUAGCCUGUGACGGAGUCAAGGGAGCGCUGGGGUCUCUGAUGCACCUCAAGCAGAAACAUACCCAUUUACAAGUCGUCUUGUCGAUCGGCGGCGGCGCCUCGGCCGAAACGUUUCCCAUCGUGGCAUCCAGUCCCAUCCUCCGGGACAACUUUGCCCGCUCGGCCCGUGGCCUACUCGACGCAUCCGGCCUGAAUGGCAUUGACAUCGUCUGGGAGUAUCCUUGCACACCGGAACAGGGAAGCGACUUCCUCGCGCUGGUCGCGGCGAUCCGCAUCUACCUCCCCGAGGAGCACUACCUGCUCACGGCCACCCUGCCGGCCGUCCGUGCAGUCCUCCAGAACAUCGACCUCGGACAGGCGGCCGAGUACCUCGACACCAUCAACUUGGCGGCGUACGACUUCUUCGGUCCCUGGUCGCACAAGAGCGGACACCAAGCGCAGCUGUACGCUAUGAACAAGGACGAGCCAUCGGGCGCGAGCGGCGUCCGGGACCUGAUGUCGGCGGGCGUGCCGAGCCGUAAGAUCCUCCUGGGAAUCCCACUCUUUGGCCGCAGCUUCCUGCACGUUUCCGGGCCGGGACACAAGAACCGGGGCGCGGGCGGCGGCCCGGAUGGCUCGUUUGAGUACUCCCAGCUGCCCCGAAAGGGGACUAAAGAGCAGGUGGACAAGCGGGCCGUGGCGGCGCAGUGCGUCGGCGGCGACGGCGGCUUCGUCUCGUACGACAACCCGGACACGGUCAGAAUGAAGGCAGCGUUUUGCAAGCAGAAGAGGCUCGGAGGGCUCUUCUACUGGAGCGCGCCGAGCGACUCGAAGGAUCCGAAACGGAGUCUUAUCGCGACGGGGUUCAAGGCGCUACACAGCUCUUGA